CUCCAGGGCUCGGCUCUCGGUCAAAGUCUUGGUCUUAGUUCACAAACUUCAACUUCGUCGUAAAUGUCUUAGCACUUGCCUUCACUUGCCACUGGCCAUGGCCGGCUUCAGAUGGGUAUUGUUUGCACAGGCAGCUGCGGCAGCUGUGGCAUCCUUGUUUCUGGAUGGCCACUGCAGCAGCUUGGUGAACGGCGUGUGGGAGAAGGACGGGGAGCUCUUCCGCCACGGAGCGCUCACAAUGCGCCAUGGCUCCGACGCCAGCAACGGCUCCGACGGCAACUCCUCCGGCUGGGUGGUGGAGCUGGCGGGGCAGAUCCUGGCGCGCGGCGACCUGACGAGCUCCACGUGGGAAGUUUGGUGCGGCGGGACCCGGAGCCACGCGCCCUUGACCGUGACCCCUUUCUCGGAGGCCAUCUUUGAAAUUUCAGCAGAGCAUUGUGGUGAAUGGCUCCGCUUCAGUCGGAUUGCUGAUCUUCCAAUCUACUUUGCCCGCUCUCGGGCCAGUGGGUUCUUUCUCUUCUUCAACUGCACGGAGAUUGCUCAGUGGCAGAUUGCGCCGGAGAUCGCGGAGCUCGCGGAGAUCGCGGAUGCCGACUGCGUCAACGCCUCGUCACCUCGGCCCGGCACGGCGCUGGCCUCCUGUGACAAUGAGUUGACUUCGGUGGAGCUGACUCAGGCCGCUGUGUCUUUGGAGCUGUGCGGGCGGCGGUUCCUGCCUUCGGGCCACACCAUGUCCGGCCCCCUCUAUCGCUCUGAGAACCUCUUCCUCUACUUUGAGCCGGCCUGUGAUUCCAGGUCACCUCCACGCUGGGUUGUGUCUUCAGCUCCCUCCACCUCAGAUCUCAGUAAUUUGGAUGGCGAUGGAGCCUGCAAUUACAUGGCAUGGGCCGAGUCCAACCUGACAACUGGCCCGCCUCGACAUGGCUGGACUGCCUGGUGCUCUGAUCCCAAUGUGAGUUUUCAGGGCAACCUGCAAUUGCCCUUGGACGCCUAUAUCGAGGCCUAUCAACUCGAGGCGGAGACCUGUGCCGCGCCAAGCGUCUCGGAUGUGGACUUGGCGGACUUGGCUGGAGGAGAUGCCAAUUUGGUCAGGCGAAUGCUGAUCUACGCCCGUGGGCCUGAUGACAUUGGCAAGCUAGUCAAGGAAGUGGAUGCUGGAUUUGUGGCUUCGCAAGGAUGGCCCUUUGCUGCGUUCUUCACGUUCUUGCCCUUUGUUCUUUUCGGCGUUUGCUCAGCCUGCCACUGCUGCCGCUGCUUCCGCUGCUACUCCAAAGAGAGAAGGACCGCAAGAGUCGGGAAGAUUGGCUUCUUUGUUGUGCUGGGGCUGUUGAUACUUGGCGCGUCUACGUGCGCUGGCGCAGCUGCAGCAGGCUUGCGAACCCUCGAAGAGGCCAACGCAGCCAGCUCUUGCGCGUCGGCGCAGCUUCUGCGGGCUGUACUUCAAGGGGCAGAAGAGUUCGUGGGUCUUCAGCCACUGCUGCAGCACAUGGAAUCUCUUUUGGAGCCAUCGCCAGGUUCUGUGGUCGAUUGCGGCCUGGGUCUUCCUCCUAUGUUGAUCCGCAAGCCGCAGCCAGAUCCAGGCCGCAGCAACUUGCUGGAGCGUACAGAGGUGCUGGAGCAGAGUGCGCAGCUGGCGGAGGCGACGCUGCAGCUGCUGCAGGAUGCGCUAGAUGUGGACCGGCUGCUUCGUGCCACCGACACGCGGCCCGACCUUCUCCACCGCUGCCGGUGGUGCCAGACUUUGGCGGACCUCACGGCAGAGGCCGCAGCUGAGCUGCGGCAGUUCCUAGGUCAGUCAAAGGUGGCGACACGCCGCCGCUUCGAGGGGCUCUUCUCCGCUUCACAGGCUGUGAGGAGCGCGGCUGGGCCAGUGGCAUCGCUGCAGCGGGUUGCCAUUGAAGCCUUCGAUUUCCUUUCCGCAACCAGAGGCCGCUUUUGGAACGACGGGCAUGCUGUGUUGUCAGGCAUUUUGGCAGCUAUGGUCAUCGCCCUCUCGGGGAUUUUCCUCCUUGCAUGUGCCUCGCUGGCUUUAUUUGCGCGGGAACCUCGGGAGGUGAGCAUUUUGUCGCUGUCGGGCCAGUAUGGCUGUGAGACAUCCUUGUGCAGUUGCUUCUCCUGGUUCUUGUUCGCGUCCUUCGCGCUCUUCUUAUUUGCCGUUUCGGGCACAACAGUGGUGACAUACUCGCAAGCGAGCGGUUUUUGUUUGGUUUUGGAGAACGACAUCGGCACGGACCUGUUCCGGGCCACAGGGCUUCGCGUGGCCGCGUCGCAGUCCCUUAGCUCUAUCGUCGACAUCUCCCAGCAGUGCCUGGCAAAAAGCGCCGGACACACCGGAGACCUGGGAAAUCUGGAUGUGUUGACUUUGCUGAAGGGAGCCGAUGGCACCUCAGUCAGGGAGACUUUGGCCAGCUUUGAGCUGCGCAACUCUUCUCAACCCCCAGAUGUCACAGCGCUUCAAAGAGCUGUUCGCAUCCCGGUGGAUGCCCAGCUGCUGCCCAGUGACGGGCUGCGGGGCCACGCGCGGUACGGGGCGAUGGAAUUGGACGCGCGCACGCGCCUCGGGCUCUCCGCCUCCGUCAGCUGCGCUGACUUCACAGAAGGCGCAAACGGCACGUCUGUCACGAUCCCGGGGCUGGAGACCUUCGUUCAGUCCUUCCGAUCCCUGGGCAGCGCGACGGGCAACUGCAACACGUCUGACCAGGCGGUGGCGUGCUCGGAGGCGGUGACCCGGGCAGGCCGGGCGUGCCAGGCCGCGGCGCGGUUUUUGCAGGAAGCCAAGGCCAACGUGCGCCUGGUGGCCUUUCCCUGCCCCGACUUCUCCGCAGGAAAUGCUUCGUGCGACGUGAAGGACCUCACCCAAAACGCGGAUGGGACCUGGACGAAUGUGUGCUCGCCGAGACGGACACCGAAGACCUGCACCUUGGAGGAGUUCACUUUGUACCUCCAGGACUUCGACGCCCGCAUCGCCAAGGUCUUCGCCUUCCUGGAGCACGCCAUCGUCAGCACGGACGUGGCGCAGCUGGCGCCGGCGCCGGUCCGUCUGCCCGGCAGCUGUGCGACCCUCGCGCUGCACUGGCAACACUUCAUGCAGGCCCUGUGCUACAGCUCCGUGCCUGCCUUGCGCAGCGUGGGCUGGGCAUUCUUUUGGGCUGGGCUCACCAUGCUGGGCGCAGCCUGUCUGAUGUACCUGGUUUGGAGACGUGCCUAUGACAAUUACUACCGCCCGAAGGACAACUGGAUGGGAGGCGAUGAUAUGCCCGUGCGCUCUGCCAAAUCUGUUGCUUCAAGUGCAACCAGGUCGUCGGCCUUGAGUUUCUAACUGGCUGAAGAUUGGGACCUCCAUACUUUGUCAGUGCCGAAGGCACCGGGACAACGAUUCCGACGAUUCACGUGUGCAGUGUUCGAUCGCACAGAUCCAACGUUGGUGCAGCCUUUGACGCAGAUUUGGAACGUUUCACUAG